AUGGCCGUGGCGAUUGUGAAGGGGGGAUCCUCCGAGCACCUCAACAUCGAAGAUGCUCUCAAACUCCCCGAGACCAUUCUAAACGAGGCCAUAGACUCCAAGGAUUGCAUCCUCAGCAACAUGUACCAUGGAAUCCGGACGCCGCUCAUCAGAAUCUCCGGCAUGGCUAGCUUCACUCCCGCUCUGAGCGCUGAAGCACAAUGUCGAGGGCUACGUCAAGGAUACCGGACAACAACUUUGCGUCACCCCUACCCCCUUUUCUGCACCGAACUCCAAGAAAACGCCCCCCGGAUCCGGCAGACCGACGAGAAGAUGGGUUCAGAUGUGCCGAGUCUCUAA